AACCGGAGGAAAGAGAACAAAGAAAUCGUUGCAUAUAAAUAAGUGUCCGCUGUAUCUGCAGCAGCAGUCGUCCACAGUCAUCGCACGAGCUCGCGCAGCAACCUUCUCAGGAACUUCCACUUCCAGCAGCGGAGCUCGAGGAUAGGAGGAGGAUGCGGGUCUCCGGGCUUCUGUCAGGCGCUUUCGCUCUGCAUGUGCUCCUGACCGUGAGAUGCAAGCCUUUGCAUGAGAGACGAGGACUCGUGAAUCACAAAGAGCCUCAGGGUUUAUCACAGAUUCCUCAUUUCCUCUCUGAAAAGAGGAGAGACAGGGUCUCCCACCCUCAGGACAUCGUCAAACCUCAAGCAUGGCCAAAAGAUGAGCCACAGCUCAACACCCAGCUCAGGAACAGCCCCGGGGGCGCAGGUCCACUGCGCUGUGGCGUCCCAGACUACCCUGACCAGAGAGAGGUGCAUCUCAGCAGGCACCCCAGACAGAAACGCUUUGUGAUUUCUGGAGGACGCUGGCCAAAAACUGACCUCACUUACAAAAUCCAGCGUUUCCCAUGGCAGGUGAGUGAGGAUAAAGUGAGGCGGGUUUUACAGGAAGCUCUCAAGAUUUGGACUGAUGUCACGCCCCUCACCUUUACUGAGGUUAUCAACCAAGAGGCCGACAUCGUCAUUGACUUUGCAAGUUUCUGGCAUGGUGAUAAUUUGCCCUUUGAUGGCCCUGGUGGGAUUUUGGCUCAUGCUUUUUUCCCAAGGACACAUCGAGAGGGAGACAUUCAUUUUGACUAUGAUGAGUCCUGGACGGUUGGCAAUGAACUUGGAACUGAUCUUCUUCAGGUGGCAGCACAUGAGUUUGGUCAUGUCCUGGGUCUACAGCAUUCUCUGGAGCCUGGAGCCUUGAUGUCCCCAUUUUACAGCUUCUCUUAUCCUCUCCAGCUCAGUGAGGAUGACAAGAAAGGGAUUCAGUACCUCUAUGGCCCCCGGCCGAAAGCCGCGGUCCAAAUCCCUAUAGAAACCAAUGAGAUUAUCACCAGUGCACCUGACUCUUGUCACACAGACUUCGAUGCUGUGUCUGUAAUCCGUGGGGAAUUGUUCUUCUUCAAGGCCAGCUAUGCCUGGCGCAUCAGGGAGGGCCGUUUGCAGGCGGGAUACCCUGCCCUGGCCUCUCGACACUGGAGGGGCAUUCCAGAGAAUGUAGGCGCUGCCUAUGAAGACACAAAGGGCAAAAUCUGGUUCUUUGAAGGUUCCAACUACUGGGUGUUUGAUGCAGAACGCAAGAUAAAAGGACCAGACCCUCUCCAGACUAUAGGCCUUCCUGUCACACACAUUCAGGCUGCACUGCACUUAAAGGAGCACCACGGCCACCAUACAUACUUCUUCAAGUCAGGACGCUACUGGCGUUUGGAUUCCCAAGAGAACAGAGAGGACACGGCCUUCCGUGGCAGCAUCCAGGAGGACUGGAGGGGCAUCCCUGAUGAGAUUGAUGCUGCCUUCCAGGAUGCACAUGGCUUGGCCGUCUUCAUCAGCCGUCGGCAGUACUGGAGGUUUGACCUGGUUCAGCGUAAGGUUUUGGAAGGUUACCCACGCUAUGUUGGUGCAGAUUUCUUUGGAUGUAGUAUGCCAUAAACCCUCAGGAAACUUUUCUGUCUCUUACAAGUUCUCACACUCUCUCACUGGUCUAAAGCAUAUUGUGUCAAUUUCCCUACUUUAUCAUGAUGAGGAACUGUACUAUAUAAACUAAGUUCUUGUUUCCAGGGCAUCUCCUUUCCCUUAACCUCAAAAAUGUCUGAUUUAUCUAAUUUCUUCUCAGGAAUUCUUGCACAUCUGAGCUUUAUGGACCACGAGCAGCUAUGUCUGUAUUUGUUGUAUUAUCAAGCAACAUGUAAGGAGACAUAAAUGCCCUGUUGUUUAGGUGCUAAACAAGGUGCUAAAACAUUCGUCAGGGAUCUUUGCACUUGAUGCAAUGUCAAUAACUCUCAAAGUUUUUUUAUGAUUUGCUGCAAGUUGUA